CCUCCAUCAAACCCCUCCAGAUUGAUAAGAAAAAAAAAAGUUGCGACAAAGUUCAAACUCAACGAAACGCGAAACGAGAAUAUACAUAUCUGAAUUGCUAAAGCGCAUAUAAUCGCAAGAUGGCGCCUUAUGAUAGCGAUUCGUCAGCUGGCGAGGAAGAUGACUUUACCGAGACCAACGUGCUCCUAGGAUAUGCAUCAAGAGAUUCAGGCGAUGACAGUAUAAGUCGAUUAGGUGGUCGUCCGGAGUGGUUGGAUCCGAAUAAUGCGCCAUCAGCUGCCCUGGCACAAUGCAAAAUUUGCAAGGAUCUCAUGGUCCUACUACUACAGCUAGACGGCGAACUACCAGAUCGCUUCCCAGGCCACGAGCGCCGACUGUACGUCUUUUCCUGCCGGCGGAAGACAUGUCGUCGGAAGGAGGGAAGUAUUCGUGCUCUGCGCAGUGUCAGAAUAGCCCCCGGAAGCGCGACAGCACCCAUCACAACGAAGGAGGAGAAACCAAAGCCCAAAGAAGAAAAACCGAAAUCGCAACCUCCGUCUAAUCUAGGAGAGACGCUCUUCGGCGCUAAGACGAUAGGCUCUCCUUUUGGUUCUGCGAACCCAUUUUCCACAUCAUCUACCUCCUCAGCUGGCAGUAAUCCGUUCGCCACGAGCGGAAACCCAUUCAGCAAUCCCACCUCCACCACCACCACCUCUCCUCCUCCCCCUCCACCCGAGCCCAAACCAUCAUCCUCCACACAAUCCUCCACAGACGACGUAAAGUCGCUCCCGCGAACCUUCGCCGAAACCCUCAACCUAAACAACACCCAACAACAGCAACAACCCCCCACCACCCCUCCAACCCUUUCCGAGCCCUGGCCCGCCGAAGCCGACCAACCACCCCCUUACCCCGUCGCCUACCUCUCCGAAGCCGAAUACGAGACCCUGGACCCCACGCCCGCGCCCGCCAUCCCGCAAAACACGCGCAUGGACAUCGACGACGGGAGCGGCAGCGGCAGCGGCAAGGGCGGAAAAGAGGACCGCGAGGUGUUCGAGUCCUCGAUGGACGCCGCCUUCCAGCGCUUCGCCGACCGCCUGGCGCAGAACCCGGAACAAGCGAUCCGGUACGAGUUCGGCGGGCAGCCCCUACUGUACUCGAAGACCGACGCCGUGGGCAAGCUAUUCGCUGCUCCUAGCGCCGGCAACGGGAUGGUUACGACGGCCGCUGCGGCGGGGAAGGGCAUGCCGCGGUGCGGGAACUGCGGCGGCCCGCGGACUUUCGAGGUGCAGAUGACGCCGCACGCGAUUACGGAGCUCGAGGCUGAUGAUAUGUCGCUCGAGGGAAUGGAUUGGGGCACGGUUAUCGUCGGAGUGUGUGAGCGUGAUUGUCAGGCUCGUGGCGUGCCAGAGGGAGAGGUUGGGUAUCUGGAAGAGUGGGCUGGGGUGCAAUGGGAGGAGUUGACUGCUACGGGUGCUCGACGGUAGUAAGGGGGGUUAGUUAGGUACCUGGAUUAGGACUGAAUGACAUGGAAAAGGGACUAAAUGCAUGAAGUAUACUAGAUUUCUACCUAUUACUCUCAGCUUCUGUUCGACAAGGUCUCUCAAGUAAUUCAACUUGCAUGGCUUAGAGGACUGUGAGGACUACAUGUCCAGAUACAAAGCUUUGGAGGAAGUAGGUAAGAGACUAAUGAAAGUAACGAGACUACGAAAGGAUAGGGAAAAAAAAAAUUGCAUCAAGUUCAUUCAGAUCGUGAUUUUUAUUCGUUUCUGAUAUCUCAUCGGCUGCCUAUCUAACGACGGCAG